AUGUUGGGUUUUCACAAUAAUGGUCUUUCUGUCUAUUUCAUUGAGCCUCAUCAUCUAGCUAAAUUCUUCUGGAGAGGACAGUUUAAUGGAGAGAAUGAUGAUUUCAAGCGUUUUUCAUUCUUUAGUCGUGCAGCACUUGAAUUGCUUCUUCGAGCUGGCAAGAAACCAGAUAUAAUCCAUCGCCAUGACCGGCAGACAGCGUUUGUUGUAUGCACUGGAUGUGAGCCUCUGUUGGUUUCUAUCUUAACGAGUGCAAAGAAUCUUGGUGGAGAGUCUCCUGAUCGGGCAACGUUGUUCAUAACGACCCAUCGGAAGAAAGAUGGGAGUGUUGUGAACGAGGAGUCGGCUCAUGUUAUUGCUUUGAUGAAUGUUUUUUGGAGUUUUUUUAACUAUUGGGAGGGUUAUUGUGGUGGUCUGAGCUGCCUUAUCAAUGUUUGUUUUGUUGCAUUCUUGCAGGAAGAACACAGAGCUAGGGAUCUAUUUUAUGCCCUUUGGGUUCCUGACCUUUUCAUGAAAAGGGUGAACAGCAAUGGGGAGUGGUCAUUGUUUUGCCCAAAUGAGGCUCCAGGUUUAUCUGAUUGUUGGGGUGAGGAAUUUGAAGAACUGUACACUAGAUAUGAAAGAGAGGGCAAGGCAAAAAAAGUUGUUCAGGCACAGACCCUAUGGUUUGAAAUUCUGAAAUCACAGAUAGAAACUGGAACACCGUAUAUGCUUUUCAAGGACACUUGCAAUAGUUCACAAACUGUUGUGCCUACUAUUGCUCCUGUAGUAGUUGGAGAGCGGAGGAUAUUUUUAGGUCCUGGAGCAGUGUGACUUGCAUCCUAAUAUGGGCCACGUAUAAUCAGAAUCCUUCCUAUCCUCAGUGCAAGCAUCUGUUUCAGUUUCUCAGUGUUCAUCGAUCAGCAGAUGGAAGU